CGUCAUGCAAGCCGAAACCCCAUCGUCAUAUGACCAUGGAAACAGAACGAAACGGCGAAUCCGACGAACGGAAACCCCGAAGAAGACGAUGGUGGCGAUUUCAAUGUACAGAGGCAACCUUCACAAAGUUCCCGACGUAAAACGCGAGUGGAGGAUGCCGGACCAUAAUCUCUCGAGAAAGGAUUUCAAAUCUCUCCUUCAUCGCCGUAAACGAGCCCUUUCUCGUCUCCCCGUUGAUUCCAACCCUAACGCCAACCUUACCGUCAAGACUGAAUUGGUUACCGAUCAGGAGGAUCCGAUUCUUCCAUCUGAAGAGAACGGUUCUUCUGGGAAGCAGAAGCUAGUUGAGGUGAAGAGAGAGGAGGUUUGUGGGAAUCAGGUUAGGGAAGACGAAAACGACAGAGGUUUUGAAGGAGCUAGAACAGACGGCGGAGGUCUUCCCGCAGGAGUGAAGGAAUCGAAGGAAGCUGAUAAUGUGCCACAGGAAGAUGCAGCCAACGAGAAGGUCGAGGCAAUUGAAACAAUCGAAAAAGUACCAACCGAAAUAGAGAUUAAACGGAAAGAAGUGGAGGACAGGUUACAAGUGUUGAAUGCAAAGAAACACAAUCUAGUCCAAGUGCUUAAGCAGAUAUUAAAUGCUGAGGAAGAAUUGAAAAGACGCAGCUACAUGCAACAGCAAGGAACGACAGCAGCGACUCGUCCUGCUCUUCCACUCCAUGUGGAUGUCUCUAAUGACUCGGGAGGUAAUGCUGGUACUCACAUGGAAGGUGGAGAAACUGAUGAUGCAGCGAAUCAUAAUAGUGCUCAAAUUCGUACUGUGCAACGACUUUGUGGUGCUUCUUCGUCAUCUGAAUCUCCUCUCAGAAGAGCAGCAGCCUUUUCACAGCACAAUAUGGUUCCACAUACUUCUCGAUGGAGUCCACGAGUGGCUCCUUCUCAACAUGGUGCUGCAGUCACUGUCUCUGCAUCUGGAACAAACUACAUUGCUUCAUCUCCUUCACCAGCUGGUUCUGGUGGCACUUCUGUUUUCAGAGAAUCACGGCUUCAGAGUCCAUGGAAUUAGCAGCUCCUCCUCUGUCUUUUUUUGGUUUUCAUAGCUGUAACGUGUUCAUAUUGAUUGAUGUAUAAAUCAGACUCAUCCAUAUCUUAAUAAUAUUAUUACUGCAAAGUGCAAACUAAUAUAAUCAGGAAGAAUCACCGUUUCUCAAAGGGUCAUUGUUGUUUUUUCACGUA